UAUCUAAGCAAGAUCACUCUGACAUGAAGGUGUUCCAAUUUAAGUUUUGAAAUCUUUCUAAAUACCACAUCUUAUUAUUAACAAGUUAUCACGGAUUCAUUACAAAGUGAUUAUUCUUCAGAGUGUUGUUUAAGUGUUUUGAACAAUCUUUUAUUCACGAUGAGUCGACAUUUAUUGUUUCAUUAUGCGUCUACAAACAGAGGAAGCAGUUAGACCAAAAGAUAUGGGGAAACAGAGUUGUUUUCAUAAAACGAUCGCCAUGGAAAUGCAUCACGACAAGGUUGCGGACGCUCCAAGCGACGAAUAUAGCACAUAUUCUCCGCUGUUAGCGCUAACUGACAACGGAAGUACUUCGUCCCAAGUCUGGAUCCAUAUGUCUGGAAAAAGAGCCACUGAAAUUUCUAAUGUGUCUAGAAUUUCCGAUGACGAUUCCGAAGGUUGCUGCUACAUGUUAAGAAUGGCUACGAGCAUUGAAGAUAUCCGUUCACCUUUUUUUUGGAAGGCGGUGUUCGCCGAGUUUAUUGGAACCUUUAUUCUUGUAUUGACUGCUAUCGGAUCGACCGUGCAGGGCUGGCACGAUGAUCCCUUGGACGUUGUGCAGAUCGCACUCUCGUUCGGCCUUUGUGUCGCCACUUCCGUGUGGAUCGUGGGUCACGUUAGCGGUGGCCACAUUAACCCGGCCGUCACGUGUGCCAUGCUGAUCACGCGCCGGGUGAGCCUCAUCCGCGCCAUUAUGUUUAUCAUCGCUCAGUGCCUCGGUUCAAUCGCCGGUGCCGGCCUCCUGAAGGCGCUUACACCCUCGGCUCAGUGGGGCGGCCUCGGUACCACGACGCUCAACGAGGGGAUGACGCCGGCCAUGGGUUUUGGCGUGGAGUGCUUCAUCACGAUGUUCCUAGUGUUGACGGUGUUCGCGGCCUGUGACACUAAGCGGACGGACCUGGGCGGCAGCUUUCCGCUUUCCAUUGGUUUCUCAGUCACCAUGGGUCACCUCUGGGCGGUUGAGUAUUGUGGGUCGAGCAUGAACCCCGCCCGGUCCCUGGGACCCGCUGUCGUCAUGGAUAUCUGGGACGACCACUGGCUUUACUGGGUCGGCCCCAUCACUGGUGGAGUGAUCGCCGGACUCAUUUACGACAAUGUGUUCGCCGCGAACGCGUCUCUAAGGAAGGCACGUGACUUAAUGAUGUCGGCCAAGUUCGAGGACGAGAAGUACCCCGCCAAGAAGCCCGUGGUCCGCGUACUGGAUGAUGAGUACGAGGCUGAGGCCAUGACAAACACUGUCUGACAGUUAACGAGCUAUAUUUAACCAGAAUUGUUCGUUGCUUAGGUUCAUGAGUCAAACAUUAUAUGCAAUUCUUACGUUGCAGCAAGACUACCAUGUUCCAAUAGCUCCUUAUACCUACUACGUAUUAUAUCCACUCAAUAGUCCUGAUAGAAAAUGUGUACGUUUCAUUAAGUGAAAGCAGCAUUACAUUCCCCCGGAUGCCUGGUAUUUCGACACCAUUUUCCUGGAUGUGCGUUCUUUCCACUAGAAUUCUAGCAGUUUGAAAAAUGAAUGAUUCGAAAAAUGAAGUAAUCAUUUUUGUAGUUCUACUGGCAGAUAUUUUCUUUUCAAACUGAAGCCAGAAGGACAGUAAUAUUGCAGAUCGUUCAAACAUUUUCCUGUUCAUUAAAAACUGUUAUGAGUGAAGACACUGUGUAUAUAUAUAUAAUGUGUGUACGAUGUCUUGUCAUUAUGUUAAAACUGUUAUGAGUGAAGACACUGUGUAUAUAUAUAUAAUGUGUGUACGAUGUCUUGUCAUUAUGUUAAAACUGUUCUAACAUUUCCAUUCAUGUAUGUAUAUAUAUGUACCCAACCAAGAAUAUCUAGUAUAAUGUAAAUGUAAAUAUACCCGUUAUUUAUGCAUUCUCUUGUUAUUUGGAUAACGCUUAUCAAAUAAACAGAAUCAGGAAACUA